GCCGUGGAGUGGCGUCGAGUGUCGAUCGGUCGGAUGUCCGCGGAGGGCGGCGGCUACUCGCCGUGUCCGGCGGAGGCGCUGCCGGAGCUGAGCGCUGCCGAGCUGGCGAUGAGCCUGUCGCCCAAGUCGGCGCUGCUGCAGCAGAACCUGUCCCAGCUGCAUCUGCAGCACUCUACGCCCUUCUCCGUCACCGACAUCCUGUCGCCCAUCGAGGAGUACCGCAAGUUGGAACUGGCGAACAACCCACCGUCGCCCUACAGAUCGAAUUCAUCGGGCAGCAGCAUUAAUUCGCCGUUGGGGCCAGCGGCCUCUUGCGGGAUGGCUGCUAACCCGUACGCGGUGCCCCUGUACGGGGGCGCCCCCGUGCAGGGCUACGGCUGCGGCCCCACCGACCUGCCGCACUAUGGUGACAUGCGGGGCGCCAGCUGGUACCCAGCCUCGAACGACCCCAGGUUUGCCAUUUCCAGGCUGAUGACGUCGACGUCCGGCGGCAUGGGCCACGUCAACAACAUGGGAGGGCUCGCGGCGUGUGCGGGGCCCGACGCCAAGCCCAUGCAGUUCCCUCUGGCGCAGAGGAGGAAGAGACGAGUGCUCUUCACCCAGGCGCAGGUAUACGAGUUGGAGAGGCGGUUUAAGCAGCAGAAGUACCUUUCAGCGCCGGAAAGAGAGCACCUCGCCUCUCUGAUACACCUCACACCCACGCAGGUUAAGAUAUGGUUUCAAAACCACCGCUAUAAGUGUAAGCGACAGGCCAAGGAGAAGGCGAUGGCGGAACAGAAUCAGCAUAAUCAAUCCGCAUCAUCACCGAGAAGGGUAGCGGUGCCAGUGCUGGUGAAGGAUGGCAAGCCAUGCGGGUCCGGCGAGUCGUCGUCACCGGCGCACAGCCACUGCGCAACUCCCACGUCCGGUUACUCAGCACCGCAGCCUUCGCAGGCGGCUUGCAGUAACCCCCUGGUCUCCUCGUACCGCCAGCCGACCGCCUACCAACAGCAGUGCUCUGGUUACCUACCACUGCAGGGUAGGGCCUGGUAGAAGUUCCCACAGCUUUACCACGAGACAAUGUUCAAGGAGGAGAUGUACUUUGAUUAAUUUAUUGUGUGAGCGAUCACAGUCUUUCUUUUCUAUAACCAUAUUUUAAAAUAUCUGGAUAAAAUAAUGAGAAGCUUAUGGUGGACUUAUCAGUCUUUUGUGCCAAUACUUAGAGUUAUUAAUAUAUAUUUGAAUCACCUAAUAUAUAUUUGGUGAUUCAAUUGCAGACUGAUAUUUAUAGACAUAAGUUCUUAAAAUAACUCAUGUAUUACAAUUAUUAUAUUGAUUGAUUUGGGUGUUUUCCUUGGUUUUUCUAUUACUAUGGAUUUGAAACAAUCGUAGCUUUAUUGCCUGUAGGAACAUUGUCACUGGUAAAGCGAAGGGGAUAGUAACCCGAUGUGCCAAGUGAUUUAAUAGACUUAGUGAACUUUGAAAAGUGAAUCCUUUAAAUGGUAUCGUUGUGCCGGACGAGGGUAAUGUAAAUAUUUAGAUUUAGUUAAGCACUUUAAGGAUUUGAUAUGAAAUGUUUUUUUCCCUAGAAUUGGGUAGAUGAUUUAACUUCUUAAUUUCACUUUACAUAAAAAUCGAUUGAAAUACUUGAAGACUUUGUUGAUAUAUUUUUUAUAGUUGGUGAAAAAAUAGCAGCGUUAUCCUUAUAGAGAAAGAUUAUCAGUUAAGUUAAAUGUUAAUUUAUUUUCAUGCAGAUGUGCUAACACUGUAAAUGUACUGACAUCUUGAAAUAAAAUCGAAGCACUAUAAACAUAAAAAAAAAAGUAUUCUUAUAGUUUCAGUAACAUCUGCCCAAUUUUUGUUUUCACAUAUAAAACGUAGCUAAAGUGAAUUUUUCAGCUUGCAACAGAACUUAGUCUGAGUUUAUUGUAUAUACAAAGUAGUUAAUUGUUGUGUGAAUAGAAUAAUUUAUGAUUUAUUACGAUCAGUGUUUGCGUGUGUAGAUAGUAACGUGUAAAUCCUUGACGAGUGUCGAUGUGGAGUGUUGGCAGUCUUGAGCUAAAUAAUACGGAGGUACAAAAUUAAGCGGAAAUACGAUUAUUAUGCCAAAUUGUAAAAAAAACAAUAACGAAACAAAGUAAUGUUCAUGUUAAGUGUAAAACUUUUACGAUGUGAACAUGAUCUUAUGUCAAAUUAAAACUAAGGCCAAGAGUUUUAAAAAGAACACUAGAAUAAAUUCAGCCUGGUUUUCUUUUUUGAAUCUAAAUUGGGUACCCAAUAUCACUAGAUCGUAUGACACUCUUGAAAUUUUAGAGCAGUCCUUUAUCAUCAUGUUACGUCGUUCUCGUCUAACAUUACCUGCAGAGACUGAACUAUUGUGAGAUAUAUUAUAAAUAUAUUAUCUUAUAUAUCAUUUUUAAAGAUUUAAGUCUUAUCUACGGCUGUCAUUCAAAUAACAACUCAUAAUAUAUUCGAUGCAGCACCUUACAAACUAAUUUGUUAAGUAUAUUACAGCCAUUGUAAAAUACUCUAUUUGAUUGUAAAGAGUGGCCGUUGAGUUUCUUUUUGUAUGUUCAUCUCACGAGCUCAACUUUUUACGAACAUAUGAUAAAUUCAAUAAUUUAAAAGAAAUAUUUGUAGUCACGUCUAAAAUCGCUUAGUAUAAGCCAAAUUGAACAAAAAUUUAUUUUUCUUUUGAUUUUGACUAAUGCAACACUCCACUUAGGCCCCAGUUGGUUAUAACAAUAAUGUAAAUACUAAUAAGGUUACAUAUUUAUAGAUGUUGUUUAAUAAUUGAUGAUGUGUUAAAGGAAUAUGAAAUAGCUACCUUUACCCUGUAGUAUCCUGUUCAUCUAUCAUCUCUACACUUGAUAAGUUUAUAAGAACAGUUUCUUUGUAGACACUGUAGACUUAUCAAUUACAAAAUAUAUUGCUAUAUACAUAUAUAUUAAUAGAUCUAUUAUUUCUAUGUAAUUUUAAUUCUAUUAAAAGAAUGAAUGAAUGGCUUUUGUGAUAUUGCAGGGAAAAUAUCAUAAACAAUAAUGUUAUAUUUUCAAGCCAAUAUAAACAAUAUUUCAUACAUUUAGGUAAGUAUUCAUACUACAAAAUGUGCUUCUAUUAUUGCUUUGUUUUGUGCUUUUUUGUUGGUUAUGAUAAAAAUGCAUCACAAAUAAUCGAACAAUUAAGUCAAACGCAGAUAUUAAAUAAAUAAAUAUAUUGCCACUUACAAACUUUAUAUAAUUAUUUUAUGAAAGUUGUCCUAAUUCCAAAAAGUGAAAAUUCUGUAGCCUUAAUUUUUUUUAGUUCAUUUAAAUACUAAUAACUACACUGUCAAAGCAUUGCGUACUUAAUUUGGUAUUUAUUCAUUGUAAAUAUUUUAGGGAAUUAUUUAGAGUGCUGGUAACACCGUAGAAUUCUAGCUGAUCAAACAAGAUUGAGACGACUGCUCUAACGAGUAAUUAUUAUUAAUAUUGAAAUUUCAAUUAUUUAUUAUUAUUAUUUUAAGAACGUAUUUAGUUAUCAAUAAAUAUCUUUAAGAAAUAAUUUUCUGUGACGUUUACAACACAAAUAUUAAUCUAUUACUUUUAUAAUCUAAUCAAUCAUUAUAACAGUGUAUUU